CUCACAGCAGCAGCUUAGCUGCCCUUUAUAAAAGUUGCUGAAGCUUUGCAUACUUCCUCUCUGGGCUAGCUUUUCAGAAAAGAUGAAGCUCGUUUACAUGGUUUUGUUCAAGACAGCUGUGCUGCUUUUUACAGAUGGAUCUGCUGUGACAGAUGAUGGCACAGAAAGUGCUGGAGGAGAAAAGCUGGUCGAUGCUUGUCCUAUAAAGCUUAAAACCAGCGAGAAUUGUGAUGGAGAGGAAUGUCCAUAUCAGAUCAACCUGCCUCCAAUGACCCUCCAGCUACCCAAGCAGUUUCUACUGCUUGAGAAGACCCUCAAAGAAGUGCAGGACCUUAAGGAAGUGGUAAACAAGAUGAAAACGUGUUGCCAAGACUGCAAGCUGCAGGCAGAUGACAAUCAGGAGAAAGACAGCAAUGAGUUCCUGCCAUCCGGGACAGACGGUCUAACAGACAAUAGCAAAAUACAGGAUAACAGAGUACAAGAGUUGCAGACCAAGGUUUCCAGGCUGUCAGCCAAUCUGAAGAAUGCAAAGAACCAGAUCCAUUCUUUGCAGGGGCAGCUGGAGCAAAUGAACCUCAUAAACAUGAACAACGUGGAAACCUAUGUUGACAGCAAAGUAGCUAACCUGACAUUUGCUCUGGACAAUUUGGACAAUAAAUGCUCUUCAAAAUGUCAAGCCACACAACCCAAUCCAGUUAUACAGAUUUUGCAAGUAGACUGUGCCAAUUACUUUGCGGCAGGGAAACGACAGAAUGGAAUCUACAGAAUUACUCCUGACUCCCAAAAUGAAAGCUUUGAUGUUUACUGUGACAUGGAAUCUAUGGGAGGUGGCUGGACAGUGUUCCAGAGGCGUCAGGAUGGCAGCACUAAUUUCAACAGAACGUGGAAUGAAUAUAAGAAUGGUUUUGGAAACCUCAGUGGAGAGUUCUGGCUAGGGAAUGACAAAAUUCACCUUCUGACCAAAAGCAAGAAUAUGCAGUUAAGGAUUGAGCUUGAGGAUUUCAAUGGAAAGAAAGAAUAUGCAAAAUAUGAUCAGUUUUAUGUGGCUAAUGAAUUUCUCAAAUACCGCCUAAGCAUUGGCAGCUACAGUGGCACAGCUGGGGAUGCCCUGCGCUUCAAAAAACCGCAUAGUCACGAUCAAAGAUUCUUCACCACCCCCGAUAAAGACAAUGACAGGUAUCCAUCAGGAAACUGUGGAUCGUAUUAUGGCUCUGGCUGGUGGUUUGAUGCAUGUUUCGCUGCCAACCUGAAUGGCAAAUAUUACCACAAAAAGUAUAAAGGCAUUCGCAAUGGGAUUUACUGGGACAGUUGGCCUGGAGCUUCCAGUGACAAUAUGAAUAGUUACAGACAACCUUUUAAAAAGGUUAAAAUGAUGAUGAAACCCAAAGGCUUUGUGCCAUGAAUUAGUAAAAACAAAAACAAACAAAACAAAACAAAACUUUCCCGAGUAUUGGCACUUUUUUUGGUAGCAUGAGUGCAAUUAAAAAAAAAAGGCUCUGCUAUAUUUUAUUUUUGAUUACCUUUCUCUUGAGAAAAAAAUCCCCUUCCCAAAGCACAUCGACGUAUAUUAUUAUUAUUAUUAUUAUUGGUAGAAUUCUGAAUAUGCAGGGUACAAUUUAUAAUUUUUGUAGCAAAUAAUGUUUCAGCCUGGAACAUGAACUACUGUCAAGAGAGAACUUGGGUUUAAGUUUAUUUUGCCACAUUGACUUCACUAUUACUGUAUUAUUAAUAGUAUCUGUAUCAUACACAGGCCAAAAGCAGGUUUCUAGAGCUGCAGAGCAGUUUCAGUGUCCUUGACUUUUAUUGCCCUGUCAGCAGAUUCCAGAAAUAUCUAUCAACUUGCUUCAAAGCCAAUGAGCCUAAAUUGCCUUAUGUUCAAAUAAUCCAAGACAAAUGGUUGGCCUUAUCUGAUUUUUUUUCUAUGUAAAUAAUAGAGGAUAUGUUUUGUAGAUGAUUUCAUUAUUGUUGCCUGCUAUCAGUUUUCUUUGUCUUGAAUUGAGCCCGAACAAAAACACAUUUUAAUCUGAAUUCUAUUAAAUAUUGUUAAGGUAGCAUUUCUAAUGAACUUGCUAUUUUUAUAUAUGAAACUGAUCAUCAUAAUACUCAACUUCUAAAAAAUAUUAAUGAGCAUAAUUGAUUGAAUCCAGACUAAGCAGAACGUAAGUGCCACUGAAUGAAUGGGAUAAGUAAGUUAUCAUUUUACUUAACUCAUACUGAUUUCAAUGGGAAACAAUCGCAGUUAACUUAGGCCAUAGCUAGACCUAAGGUUUAUCCCUGGAUCAUCCAGGGGUCAAACCUGUUCAUCUAGGUGACACACAGGGGAACCAGUGCUCAGGCAGGGGCGAACCCUGGAUGAUCCCAGGAUAAACCUUAGGUCUAGCUGUGGCCCAAGUCUGGAUCCAGCUGAAUAUUUUCAGACCCCUGUAAAGUAUGCUAUCUGUAUUCAAUAGAUGAAGAACUGAAAUAAAAAUAUAAGAUGCCUUUAAUGUUACAGAGGGAACACCAAGAUAUAGAGUACAAUCCUGUGGUCCACUUAUGACGGUCAGCCACUAAAGCUGGCAUAUUGUUGUCACAAUCCUAUGCACAGCAAGGGCAACAGCUAUAGAAACAAGAAAACCAACUAGUUUGUCCACAACAUCUUUAGCAAUGACACUGCCACACACCUAUCAUAUAGUUGCACAUCGAAGAUGGCCAUCAGAGCUGCUAGAGCCAGGCCACGGGGUGCAAGGAGGGCCUCCAAAUAAUCCCCUGAAGGCAGCAGCACCCGCCGUGGCUUCUCUUUCUCCUAACCCGGCCUCAUUGGCAAAAGGAAGCACUGUGGCCGCUGGUGCUCUCCUACUCAGAAGCAUACUUGCGCACUGUGUAAGAACUACACCUUUUAGAAGGUUCUGGGAAAGGUAACAUUUGCUGCUUCCCACCAACAGAUUUUUGGUAUUUAAAUUAAAAAAAAAAACCAAAUUUAGGUCAUUUUGAGCUACCUGGUCUAGCUUCUUCAGUAGCAAUUUUCAAAGGUCUGUUUAUGCACUUUAUUUUCUUAAGACUUGCCAUCAAUAGAGUAGACUUAUAGGAAGAUAUAUUUAUAAUGCCACAUAACUAUGAACAGUAAAAAGAAAUUAUUACAUAUAGAGAAUAUAACAUUAAUAUUUAAAGCACAACAUGGUCUUCAAAUUUCCACAUUCAGAAUUUCCCAUUGCAUAUUGUUGCCAAUGACUCAAACUAUAUCGCUAUAUAUGUAUAUAUGUGUUAUUAAAGGGGCUUUAUUAGAUGGUAUUAUGUUUUAUUGUCCUUUGUGACUGUCCCCCCUCCCAAUUUAAUUUUUUUUAAACUAAUGAAAGAAACAAAUUCUAAAUAAACCUUUGCUUCAAAAUGUCUUGUGAUAUCACAUAGAAGUUUUCUAGAUCUUUGUUGUAAUGAAAUUUUUUGUUAUGAUGAAUAAUUGAAUGUAAUUGCUUGCUGUUGUGUGCACUAAAUGCUUCCUGCAAAUCAUCCUGAAGUCAGUGGGGAAUAAGUAACAACUGCAGCUUGAAUGUCUUUUACUACGGCAUUUGUACAAUGCACAGUUCUUAAAGAUCUUAGUCUUAUCCUCCAUAUGAUUUAUGUGCUUGAUAGUCUUUAAUGUAUGAGUAAUUAGCCUCAAAGAAUACAGUGUGCCCUCUUAUAUCUUGGAA